AUGAAGGCCAUGAAGAAUAACGCUAUCGUCGGUAAUAUCGGUCACUUUGAUAACGAAAUCCAGAUGGAGAGGUUGGAGACCUGCCCCGGCGUCAAGUGCAUGAACAUCAAGCCUCAAGUUGACCGCUUUGAAUUCCCCGAUGGUCACGGUAUCAUCAUGCUGGCGAGCGGGCGUCUACUCAAUCUUGGCUGUGCUACUGGCCAUCCUAGUUUUGUUAUGAGUUGUUCCUUCACCAAUCAGACCUUGGCUCAAUUGGAGUUGUGGGAGAAUAGGGAUACGAAGUACGCCAAGGACAAGAGACCUGGUGUAACUCUUCUGCCCAAAGUUUUGGACGAGAAAGUUGCUAGGCUACAUCUUCCGGCUCUCAAUGCCAAACUGACUCAGCUGACUCCCGACCAGGCAUCCUAUAUUUCCGUCAACGUCGAAGGUCCUUUCAAAGAGGUCCAUUAUCGUUACUAG